CUACGUUUAUCAGUCAUCACAUCUUGAGAGAACAGCUAAUAAUUAAUUACUUGAGCAUAAUCUUCUACAGCAAUGGGUGUUGUUAUGAAAUCUGCCGGCGACGGUGGAGAUGAACUGGCCGGAAAGCUCACUUUCCAGGUGGUUAUUUGCAGUAUCAUUGCAGCUUUCGGUGGUCUCAUGUUCGGCUAUGACAUUGGAAUUUCUGGAGGCGUGACCGGAAUGGAUGAUUUCUUGGAGAAGUUUUUCCCGGACGUUUACGUGAAGAAGCACCGAGCAAGGGAAGAUAAUUACUGCAAAUUCGAUAAUCAGUUGCUUCAGCUUUUCACUUCCUCUCUCUACCUUGCUGCCAUUGUUUCCAGUUUUGCCGCUUCUUAUAUUUGCAAGAGAUGGGGACGUACACCCACCAUUCGAGCCGCCUCUCUUUUCUUUCUCGCCGGAGCCGUCUUGAAUAUUUGCGCCCAGGACCUUCCCAUGCUGAUCGUCGGAAGGAUUCUUCUCGGAAUCGGUGUCGGAUUCGGCAAUCAGGCGGUUCCGUUGUUCAUAUCAGAAAUUGCACCGGCUAAGUACCGAGGAGGACUCAACAUAUGUUUCCAGUUGCUCAUCACAAUCGGAAUUGUGAUCGCCAAUGUCAUCAACUAUUUUACUUCAAAGAUUCAUCCUAAUGGCUGGCGAUAUUCUCUGGGCGGUGCCGCUGUUCCUGCUAUCAUUCUCCUCCUCGGCUCUCUUGCCAUCUCAGAAACGCCGACCAGUCUCAUAGAGCGAGGCAAGAAGGAGAAAGCUAAAAGCGUUCUGAAGAGAAUUCGAGGCGUUGAGAAUGUUGAUCGAGAAUAUGAAGAAAUUUGCAAUGCCAUUGAACUGUCAAAACAAGUUAAAAACCCUUGGACCAAACUGAUGAGUCGAUCGAGUAGGCCUCAAGUUAUCUGCGGAACAAUUCUUCAAAUCUUUCAGCAGUUUACAGGAAUCAACGUCGUCAUGUUCUACGCACCUGUGCUGUUUCAGACUAUGGGAUUGGGCAGCGACGCUUCACUAAUGUCGGCUGUGGUCACUGAUUCUGUCAAUGUGCUUUCCACACUGGUCGCCGUCUUCUGCGUUGAUAAAGUUGGAAGAAGGUUCCUACUUAUACAAGCUGCCUUUCAGAUGUUUGUUGCCCAGACUAUUAUGGGAGGAGUUCUUGCAGCUUUUCUGAAAUCUACAAACAUGAUGCCAAGGGUUCCAGCCAUGUUCGUACUGGUCUUGAUCUGCAUAUUCGUGGCCGGGUUCGCAUGGUCCUGGGGUCCCUUGGGAUGGCUUAUUCCCAGCGAAAUCUACCCGCUAGAGACUCGAAGCUCGGGAUUCUUUUUGGCUGUGGGCAUGAACAUGUUCUGCACCUUCCUGAUUGCUCAAGCAUUCCUGACAAUGCUCUGCCAUAUGCGCUCGGGGAUCUUCUUCUUCUUCGCCGCAUGGAUUGUCGUGAUGGGUGCUUUUGCCAAAUGGAUUCUGCCGGAGACAAAGGGUGUCUCUAUUGACGAAAUGAAUGAAAAAGUGUGGAGUCAGCAUUGGUUCUGGAAGAGAUUCUACUCAAAUGAUGGGCUAGAAACCAAAGCAUAAGAGAUUUACUUCUUCUUUUGCUGCUGACAGUAUGUGUAACAUUAUCAAUUUUGACCAGAGAAAAGUGUAGGACGGUUUCAGAUUCUUUAUUAGAGCAGAGUUUCUUUA